UGACCAGGAAACAGCCAUCUGCUUGAGGCAUUUGGAGGUCUCUCCAUAUAUAAACCCAAAAAUGCUUCAUGAGUCCUUCUUGAAGCGUCGUGAGCAGGUAGUGAGGUCCAAGCAACUCUUCCUGGAGCUUUUUCUCUUUUGGAUUUCUUAUCUCUGUCACCAACAAGAGAACUGAAUCUCCACGCCAUUCCACCACUGAAGUGAGAUGCUCUGACUUGCUGUUUAACCCUCUGAAAACACCCACCUGAAUUCUCUGCACUCAACAGAGGAGCCCAAGGAUAAACCCUCCAGUAAAUCCUAUGUGACUGAAGAUAUAGGAGCCUGACUUUGUCCUUCACCUUCACCCAAAAAGAGAUGGAACUCGGCGAGAUCGUGGUGACUGAACAUUCCAGUGAGAGGCAGAUGUACAAGAGGCAGGUGCCAAGAGCCCAGGACCUGCUGUGGAGAAGCGGAAACUGGAUCCACCAGGGUUUUGGGUAUCUCACAGGAGAAAUGAAAGAAUACGGAGAGUGGAUGAAAAACAAGCCCUUAAUGGUCCAGCUGGUGGACUGGAUCUUGCGAGGGACCUCUCAGGUGAUGUUUGUCAACAACCCCCUCAGCGGGCUGAUCAUUUUGGCGGGGCUUUUCAUCCAGAGUCCCUGGUGGAUGCUCACGGGCUGCACCGGAACCGCCGUGUCCACGCUGACCGCGCUGGCUCUCAGUCAGGACAGAUCAGCCAUCUCAGCUGGGCUGCACGGCUACAACGGGAUGCUGGUGGGAUUGCUCAUGGCCGUCUACUCCAGCAAAGGGGAUUACUACUGGUGGCUUCUCCCUCCGGUGGUAGUUAUAUCCAUGGCCUGCCCAGUCCUAUCCAGUGCUUUGGGAUCCAUCUUCAGUAAAUGGGACCUUCCUGUUUUCACUCUGCCCUUCAAUAUUGCGGUGACUCUCUACUUGGCAGCCACAGGGCACUACAACCCCUUCUUCCCCACAACCCUCAUCAAGCCUGUGGCUGCAGUGCCCAACAUCACCUGGUCUGCCAUCAGUGUGCCAUUGCUCCUACAAUCCAUCCCAGUUGGGGUUGGUCAAGUGUAUGGUUGUGGAAACCCCUGGACUGGAGGCAUUUUCCUUGUGGCUUUGCUUAUCUCCUCCCCACUGAUUUGUUUACAUGCUGCAAUUGGAUCGACAGUGGGGAUGUUUGCAGCACUGAGCAUUGCAUCCCCAUUUGACAGCAUCUACCUUGGCUUACACAACUACAACUGCGCGCUGGCCUGCAUCGCAAUCGGGGGCAUGUUCUACGCCCUGACCUGGCAGACACACCUGCUGUCACUGGCCUGUGCAUUAUUUUGUGCCUACUCUGGAGCAGCCCUUGCUAACGCUCUCUCUGUGCUCGGGCUGCCAGUCUGCACCUGGCCUUUUUGUUUCUCCGCACUCCUCUUCCUGCUGAUCAACUCAGAAAACCCAGCCAUCUACAAAAUCCCCCUCUCCAAAGUCACCUACCCUGAAGCCAACAGGAUCUACUACCUGAGGAUGAGGAGAAGGGCCUCGGAGAUCAGGAGGGAGGAGCAGAAGCGGAAGGAGCAGAAACCCCCCCACGACUCAAAAAUAAGCACAGGAGUCACCCCCCUGUGCACCCCCAAGAACCGCCACGCUCACAGGGACCUCAGCAAGCUGGAAAAAUCAGCUGACAAGGACCUGAUGAAGUUCGGGAAAGAGAAGUGCGAAGUUCCAAAUCUGAGGAGGAACAAUUCCAUGCAGCAGCACAUGACUGAGGCCAUCCAGCUGGAAAUUAUCAUGGCAGAAAAGGCCCUGGGGGGCCCUGGUGAUCACCAAGGAAUUCCUCUAAAAACAGGCUGCACACAGAGAGCUGGCUGCCCCGCAGACUUCACAGCAACAAUUUGGAGAAUGCAAGAGAGAUACAAUGGCCGCAAUUGUGCGGUGGCAGGUCCUUGGGCAAACAAACGCCACGCCGCAAAUUUAAAACCCUCUCGAUUUACGGAGAGAAACACGAAUUUUGGCAGGGAGAGAGGAAAAUUCCGGAAAGAAGAGAAAGUACUAGCAUCCUGCUCCAGGUCCUCAAUUCAGCAUGCAGGGAAAACACCUUGGGCGUGGGUCACACAGCAUCACUCUGCAGUGCAGCAGCACUUGGCUUUGCGGAUUUUACCAAAGGGCCAGAAAAACAACAUGGAAAACAUUGUUGAUGUCAAGAUAGACACCAUGGGGGAAAGAAAGCCAAUGAGGCAGAAUCCACUGAGCAAAGGUGGGAAGAGAGUCUGCAAAGCUGUCGGGUACAUCACUGGAGACAUGAAGGAAUUUGGAGCCUGGCUAAAAGAUAAACCUCUCAUGAUCCAGUUUUUUGACUGGGUGCUGCGUGGGAUAUCCCAGGUGAUGUUUGUCAACAACCCCGUGAGUGGGCUGAUCGUCCUUGCUGGCUUUGUGCUGCAGAACCCUUGGUGGGCACUCACAGCGUGUUUGGGCACAGUUGUCUCCACCUUAACAGCACUCAUUCUGGGUCAGGACAGGUCAGCCAUAGCAGCCGGCCUGUAUGGAUACAACGGGAUCCUGGUGGGAUCACUUAUGGCCGUCUUCUCCUCUAAGGGAGACUACUACUGGUGGCUCCUGCUGCCCAUAGCACUGCUGUCCAUGACCUGCCCUAUUUUCACCAGUGCUUUAGCUUCAGUCUUCUGUAAGUGGGACCUGCCUGUUCUCACCUUGCCUUUCAACUUGGCCUUGACCCUCUAUCUGGCUGCAUCAGGACCACACAACCUCUUCUUCCCUACCACUGUCAUUCAGCCUGCAACAGCAACACCAAACAUCACCUGGACAGAUGCUGAAAUCACAAUGUUCCUGCAUGCAGUGAUCGGCUCAGCAGUGGGGAUGCUGGCAGGGCUGAGCUUGGCAACGCCGUUUAGCCAGAUCUACUCCGGGCUGUGGGGCUACAACAGCUCCCUCUCCUGCGUUGCCGUCGGGGGCAUGUUCUACGCCCUCACCUGGCAGACACAUCUGCUGGCUAUUGCCUGCGCACUCUUCAGUGCCUACCUGGGAGCAGCAGUGUCCAGCAUGUUGUCUGUGUUUGGGGUGCCAUCAGGAACCUGGUCUUUCUGCUUGUCUGCACUGACUUUCCUGCUAAUAACCACGACCAACUCUGCCAUCUACAAGCUGCCACUCUCCAAAGUCACCUACCCAGAAGCCAACAGAGCUUAUUAUCUGAAGAUGAGGAAACAUCAAAGGUCUUCCUGCGAGGCAUGAAGAUCCAAGAAGAGAGAUACUUGGCAGAUUUUAAGGCGACACCACAAGGUGCUUCCUCAAUAGACUGUGAUUUGUGUGCUGCAAAGUCAAACACCACCUUCUGAAUGGUCAGACUUUCUCCACCACAUCUUGUUUGUUCUAUUUGGAAUGGAAUUUCUAUUAGAUAUAGAAACUGUGUUGGAAGGACCUACUCCAAGACCAGCCUGUAAUGAUUUUAAAGCACAUAUGUCUGAAAAAAACACUUGAAUAAUAAAGCAAUGGGGAAAUCACUUAGAAGUUGUAAAGAAAAAUCUCUUUGUGAAAGUGAAGGCACAGCAAUCAGAUGUAAGGCAAUGAAGAGCAUCUUUCAGCAUCUGAGGGGACUCCUAAUAAAUGGCUAAAACCAGCUAAUGACAGCAAUAGGAUACAUCUUAGAUAGCUUCAUAGUAGCAGAGAAGUGCAAUAAAGAGUACCCUUUGCCAAGUAUGAAACAGGUGGUGAAGAAUUCUACCUGGAGGACCUCUCGAGCCCUGUGGAGAGAGAUGUGAAUUAGCAGCCAUCAAGCAUAAGAUGGGGAUGAUUUUCGUGAUUUCUGUGUUAAUCUCAUGAUUUUUUUUUUUUUUUUAAUACUUGAACUUGGUGAUGGGUUAACACAGGAGGGGACAGCAAAAAAAUAGUCACUGCUGUCCCUUUCCUGUGCAAUAAAGUGGCUCUGUUCAGUCUAUGCACAAGUAGAACCAAUUAGAGCUGAUCUCCUUGACCUCUCUAUCUGCACUAACCCACUCAGACCACCAAUACCAAACACAGCAAAAUGUUGUUC